CGCUGAUUUUAGGCAUGAAAGUCCCGACAGUAAGUAAAUUUUUGUGGUGUUUUGAUCUUACGACAGGUGGAUUGUUCCUGGGUUAUGUUGGUGCUGUGACAAAUGCUGGAUGUGCGUUAGCAUUGUUGUAUGAGCUUGUGGCUGAUACUGAUGAGUUUGAGGAGGAAGUCUUUGAGUUUGCAGAGGAAGUGGAGCCAGUUGAUGCUUUUGUUGAGGGAAUAAUUGGACAUAAGGCUAAUAGUCGAAGGGAUUUGCCGUUUUGGGCUAUUCUAUUUAUUGCUGGAUUAUGGAUUGGAUUGCUUGUUAUGUGCUCAGUGUUCUCAGUUUGGUUCGUUCAAGGUGUCAAUAAUAGAGACCCACAAAAAGUCCGUUACUUCCUAAUAAUCAUGAUCAUCGGAACCGUCUCAUCCUUCUUCAAAGGCAUGCUAUCACUGUCCUUCUGGUGGAUCCUUUUCGGAAUGCUCAACGUCUACUUCAUCAUCUGUGUCUACUCACUUUAUCAAAUCCUUCAAUAUGAAGAUGUAGAACAAGUGAAAACACACGCCACUGCCUAUAAUCAAGGUUAUUCUCAAUGUUAUGAUGAACCAGAGACGCAUCAUGAUGAAGAGAGCGUAAAUGGUGAAGGCUAUCAGACCACUGCGUUCAAUGAGCCGUAAUUUUUUAAAAAUAUUGUUGAAUUUAAAGUUUUUUUGUGAUUGGAAAAAUUGAUUAUUUUUGGAAAAUAAAAUAAAAUGAAUUUGUGUGUUUAAAAU